AUGUCCCGACCGCACUCGCCCGCCCCCGGCGCUCAGCUGGCAGAGGAUGUCGCUGUAGCAGUCCACCUCAACACCGACGGCGCAAGCACGCCAAACUCGCUCUCUGGAAUGCACCUGCAGCUCCCGGAAAACCCUCGCUCGUCCGGCGACGCCUCUGACCCGGCCACGACCACAUACGCCCUCGAGCCGGUCAACCCAAAGGAAAGGGUCACGGUCGACGUCGUCAAGGACGCAAAGUCCGGCAAGCACUACAAGGCCAUCCCCGUCAAGAACCCGGCCUACUCGCUUGGCCACACCAAGGGCGCCCCCGCCGUCGCGCCGCUCCCGCCCAGGACGACGGGCCGAAUCGGCCUCGGACACGCGCUGCCGACCAAGGAGCAGAACGACGCCUACAAGAAGGACAAGAAGCUUCGCUCCGGCAGGACCUCGGCGGGCACCCACACGCCUGAAAACUACAUGUCGGACAGCUCGCGUCGGCCAUCGAUGGACGCCAACACGAGCGAGGGCCGCAACCUCUUGCUGCAGCAGCUGCGCGAGCUGAUCCACGAGGAGGUCUCCCGCGCCAACUGGCACCACAGCGAGAGCGUCAAGCAGCACCUCGAGGAAUCCAAGCAGGACCAGGUCGACCUGCUCGAGGAGGCCAUCGCUAAGACCAAGGCGCAGGAAGAUGAGAAGGCGGGCGACCUCGAAAAGACGGCCGACGUCGAUGCGCCCAAGAUGCUCAUGACCGAGACCAAGGACGACAGCACCGUCAAGGGCAGCGACACGUCGGCCGUCGAGACCGUCGACCCGGAGUACGUCGAGCGCGGCGUCAUCGAGAGGACGGGGACCGACGGCACCGACGGCGAGCUCGAGUUCCCCAACCCGUGGGCCAAGUUCAGGUACAAGAUGCGCGAGCCGUUCGCCGAGUUCCUCGGAACCUUUAUCCUCAUGACGUUCGGUGACGGUAUCAACAACCAGGUCUUUGUCUCGCAGAUGCUCGACCCCAGCAGCCCCAAGGGAGAGUACCUCUCGGUGUCGUUCGGCUGGGGCGUCGGUGUGGCGCUCGGCGUCUGGGUGGCGGGCGGCAUCUCCGGAGGCAUGCUCAACCCGGCCGUCACCAUCACGCUCGCCACGUUCCGCAAAUUCCCCUGGAAGAAGGUGCCCAUCUACAUUGCCGCGCAGCUUCUCGGAAGCUUCUGCGGCGCGCUCUGCAUCUACGGCCUCUACGUCAACCCGAUCCGCAUGGUCGACCCGCUGCAGACGGAAAAGACGGCGGCGCUCUUCACCACGUACCCGGCCGAGUUCCUGCGCACGCCGAGCACGCGCAUGACGACGUUCUACAACGAAAUCUACGCCUCGGCCGUGCUGCUCAUCGUCAUCCUGGCCAUCGGAGACGCGUCCAACACGCCGCCGCCGGACGGCAUGGCGCCCAUCGCCUUGCUCUGGCUCGUGUGGGGUCUCGGCGCCACGCUUGGCUGGCAGACUGCGUACGCCGUCAACCCGGCCAGGGACUUGGGACCGCGCAUCAUGCUCUCGGUCGUCGGAUACCCGUCCGAGAUCCUCUGGACCUUUGACGCGUGGUACUGGCUCUGGGUGCCGACGCUCGCCACCAUCGUCGGCGCCCUCAUCGGCGCCUUUAUCUACGACGGCCUCAUGUACACGGGCGGCGAGUCGCCCCUCAACGCAAAGUGGCGCUUCAGCUCCACCCGCUUCGGCCGCGGAUCCAAGAACAAGCUGCCCGCCGCCCUCUCCGAGGCGUGA